AUGGCGGCAUCGGCACCGAUUCGUAUUAAUUUCGGCUUUUUCGAGGAGAGAUCAAAUUUGCUGAAAAUAUUAGAACUCACUUUUGGACUGGUUUGUACUGGCUUUUCCAUUGGUUGCUUCCCGAAUAAUAUUGAACUUAAAUGUACACGAAAUGUUUAUUCCUUCAAUCAUUUAUUUAUAAUAGUAUGUGUAAAUGCAUUCGUAUUUGUCUGUACUACUAUCCUAACAUUGUGUCAUUUAUGCAGUAUACCGGAUGCCUAUUACCGGUUUAAUUUCCCUAUUCUGGAGAAGUUUUAUACAUUGCUAACAUGUAUACUUUAUGGGAUUGGAAUGAUAAUGCUAUUCGUUGCAAUCCUAUCAACAAAGAUCAUCUUCCCGUGGGUAAUUGAAGUGAUAUUUACAAUUGGAACUUUUCUACUUUACACAUGUGAUGCAUACCAACGAUGGAUUACUGCCUAUGCCUAAUGAUUCAUUCUUUGGUCAGAAUCAAUUAUCCAUAUUAUUGCUAAUAG